UGGCUGAAGGCCCCCAGAGGGGCGUGUCCUCUGCUGUGGCACUCCCUCCCCGGGGCGGGACUUCAGGCCAACAGGAAAACUGAAGAAAACGCGAAUGGCUGCAAUCAGGAAGAAGCUGGUGAUCGUGGGAGAUGGAGCCUGUGGGAAGACCUGCCUCCUCAUAGUGUUCAGCAAGGACCAAUUCCCGGAGGUCUACGUUCCCACCGUGUUUGAGAACUAUGUCGCUGACAUUGAAGUGGACGGCAAACAGGUGGAGCUGGCGCUGUGGGACACGGCCGGCCAGGAGGACUAUGACCGUCUGCGGCCGCUGUCCUAUCCCGACACAGACGUCAUUCUCAUGUGUUUCUCCAUCGACAGCCCUGACAGCUUAGAGAACAUUCCGGAGAAGUGGACUCCUGAGGUCAAACACUUCUGUCCCAACGUGCCCAUCAUCCUGGUGGGAAACAAGAAGGACCUUCGCAAUGACGAGCACACUCGCAGAGAGCUAGCCAAAAUGAAGCAGGAGCCGGUCAAAUCGGAGGAGGCCCGGGACAUGGCCAACCGGAUCAACGCCUUUGGUUACUUGGAGUGCUCCGCCAAAACGAAGGACGGUGUGAGGGAGGUGUUCGAGAUGGCCACCAGGGCGGCGCUGCAGGCUAAAGGGCGGAAGAAGAAGGGUGGCUGCAUUCUGCUUUAGGGGCCUGCUGUUGUGGGCGGGGGUGGGGGUGGGGGGGUGGGGGUGAAAAUCAAAGCAGGAAGAAAAACCGAAAAGAGACAGGAAAUGUGUGGGUCAGGGGUCGUCCUCUAGUGCUGCCACAGUCCCGGGUUCAGAAGAGCCCAGAGGGACGGCCCCUCACAUCCUGCACUUCCAUCUUAUUGGCUGGGGUGCGGCGUUCUUCCAUCUGGUGCUGCAGUCCGGAUAGCCUCCCAGUCCGGCCCCCAAAUGAACUGAAGAUGGUCAGAGUGCUGUUACUGGAGCUGCACCAGAACCAGUUUGGAGCAUGCUGAUGUGGGUCCAAACGGUUCUGCUGUGAGCUCAGCCUGACCGGGCUGCAGCACUGGAUGGAAAGAACCGCAGAUGUUCUCCUGCCUUGUUGCCUGUUUGAAUUCUGUGCCUGUUUUCUGUUCGUCCGUCUAGCGUCCUACACACCGCGGGGUCAUUUCCUGUCGCCUCUAAGCUCUGAAGAAUUGGUUUUUCCUUUUAGUUUCCUGUCCAGAUCCUUUGGACCAGCCUCUCAUGUGGGAAUUUCAUAUUUGAUGUUAACUUGACUUGGGUUUGACUCCUGAAAACACGAGGACAGUGCGGGCUAACCCACCUGGCUUCAGAGCUCCAGAAGAGGACGCUCUCGUCUGUGGGCCGGCUGCAGCGCUGCGCUAACCACGCCCACCCAUCAUCACGCUCAAACCUCAGCGUUUGACAUCCACAGCCUUGGAGCAGCCCAGAUGCUAACAUGUGCAUCCCAGAAGACGCCGGCGUCCGGACACGAGGGGAGGUCCUUCCUGAGCCAGUCUGGAAUGGAGUUGGACGGUUGGUGGUGGACUGGUGGAAGCGUGUCUCCUCCAGGACUACUUUGAGCGCGUCCUGCAGGUUUGAGUCGAGCGCGUUCUGUGGGAAGACGAGGGAACCCAG